AUGGCCUCAGAACAAAACUUCUCCUAUGGUGGUUUCAGAGCUUCGGAACUAGACUUAAUAACUGAUUACGAAAUUCAUGCCAUGGAAACCCAAUUACAGAUUGAGGAAAUGCGAGAUAAGAUACAUCAACAGCUUGGCGAGUUUAGGGAGGAGAUACGCAACUUGAAAAGGAAAGUGACCAUGAUGGAUGUUGUUAGAGUUGCACUGAUGUCGUUGAUUGGGGGUUUGUCGAAGGUUGUGUCUUUUUGUCUAAUUUCAUCAUCUUCUAGUAUAUAUGUAUUAGGUUAUGUGUUAUUGGUUGUUUUGAGCAAUGGUGCCCAUUGA